GGAGCAACGAUUUCCUGCGGGAGAGGUAACGUACACUUCAUUACGUGUUCGCUUCGCAUUGGUUUCAAGGAAGAUAUUUGCGUUUUUGGAGACUUCCUCCAAUUUCAAUUUUGGACAGGAAAAGAGGAAGUGAAGUGAAGGGCGGUGGUGGGAGAGAGAGACAGACGGAUUCCAUGGUUUCCUAAAAGGCGUUUCUCCUCUUUUCCCUUGUUUGUUGUUUGGUUGAUGAGAAAAUGCCAUAAAAGGACGAACUUUGGGAUUCGGGUGUCUCGUAUCUUCGUCCAUCAGAUUCUGGGACAAGACAAAGAAAACAUUCGUAGCUUGUCUCUGGAUUUCAAAUAUCUCUCUGCGAUACGAUAUUUGCCAUGGGAGAAGCUGAGCUGCCUCACCUCGAGUUAUCUCUUCUGCUGGAGUUGUCAGCCUGCAAUGAUCUCAAUGGCUUCAUUUCCCUCCUCGAGCAAGAGGGUCUCGACAACAUUGAUCGAUCGAGUUCGUGGUAUGGCCGGAGAAUCGGCUCAAGGGAGAUGGGGUUCGAUGCGAGAACGCCUCUCAUGAUAGCUUCCUUGUUUGGAAGCAAAGAAAUGGUGGAUUAUAUCAUCAGAAGCGGUCGUGUGGACAUUAAUCGCUCUUGCGGCUCUGAUGCCGCUACUGCUCUUCACUGCGCGGUCUCUGGUUUCUCUGCAAACAGCCCUGACGUCGUUAGCCUUCUGCUCAACGCUGGUGCUGACGCUAAUUCCCCUGAUGCCAACGGUAACAAGCCCGUUGACGUGAUUUUCCCGUCUUUAAAUCCUGUUUUCAGUUCAAGGAAGAAGAUUCUUGAGCGUUUGUUGAAUGGCGGGCACGAUCUGAUGGAAUUGGAAGACCGAGAUGAACAGAGGGAGGCAUCUGAGAAGAAGGAAUAUCCGGUUGAUCCCACGCUUCCUGAUAUCAAUAGCGGUAUAUAUGGAACAGAUGAGUUUCGGAUGUAUGCAUUCAAGAUCAAGCCCUGCUCCAGAGCUUACUCACACGACUGGACGGAGUGCCCCUUUGUUCAUCCGGGCGAGAAUGCCAGGAGGCGCGAUCCGAGGAAGUACCAGUACAGCUGCGUCCCUUGUCCUGAAUUCAGGAAAGGGUAUUGUUGCAGGGGCGAUUCCUGCGAGUACGCUCAUGGGAUCUUCGAGUGUUGGCUUCACCCUUCUCAGUAUCGAACUCGUCUCUGCAAGGAUGAGAUGAAUUGCAAGAGGCGGGUCUGUUUCUUUGCUCACAAGCCUGAAGAGCUACGGCCUCUGUACCCGUCCACUGGCUCGGGUGUUCCUUCCCCACGAUCAUCCUUCUCGUCCUGUAAUUCUGCCUACUCUUUCGACAAUGGACCGAUCAGCCCUCUCGGUUUCGGCUCAUCCACAACUCCUCCGUUGAGUCCUAACACCGUUCCCUCUCCGAUUGGCGGGAAAACGUGGGUCAACUUCCCUAACAUCGUCCCUCCUACAUUGCAGCUGCCUCGUAGCAGAUUGAAAUCAACGAUUAACGCCAAAGAGAUUGAUUUCUCUGACGCUAUUCUCGGUCUUUCCUCUCCAACUCCCUGGAAUACGACUGCCAUGUCCUCUGCUUCUUCACCUUUGUCGGGUGAUAUAAAAGCAACGAGCUUGAACAAGCUUGCUGGAGGAACAAACCAGACAAGCUUGAGCGACGUGUUUGGACCUGAUGACACCUCGGGCUUGCAGAUCAGACGCAGUAGCGCCUUUAACCCGCAGCUAUAUUCCAGCUAUGCCACAUCCAACAGCCUUACCACGUCUCCCAUCGGGGCAAAGUCUUCAUCUCAGAGGGAUCUACCUGCUUCUGGAGAGGACGCAUUCGCCAAAAGAAGCCAAAGCUUCAUGGACCUGAGCUGCCAUUCGGCUAUUCCUUCUGCGAUAUCGACCUGCAUGGAUGACUGGGGCUCCCCUGACGGAAAACUCGACUGGAGCGUCCAUGGAGAUGACAUGCAGAAGUUCGGACGCUCUGCUUCUUUUGGUUUCAGGGUCGGUGGUGGAACCAGACAGCUAGCUGAGCCGGUUGGUCUGGACGAGCCCGAUGUUUCAUGGGUCGAUCCCCUAGUGAAAGAGCCCUCGGAAAUGAGACUUGGUCGGGUUUGGAUGGAGCAGUCAUUCAUGGAGACAGAACAGAGCGUAGCGUGAGUCACCACCGGCCACCCUUAAAAAAACAUCAUUAACCAGUUUCUUUCAAUCAUUGGUUCGACAAGAAGCAGACAAAGACGGGGAUAGAAUAUCCAGAGAUUGAUGCUAAUCUGAUAAUAUCGUUGUUUAUAACAAAAGAAAAUAAAAUGGUAGGGGAAAGGUUCUUUGAUUCACCUCAUCGCAGAUUCGUUUAGCAGUUCAACUGAUGAGUAAUCGAUUUAUAUAUAUUUUUUCCGUGGCAUGUAUGUACAAUGUGUUGAUAAUAAAUAAACUGUUGGUGAUGAAUUCUAUAAUUA